AUGGGAGGGUUUAUCAGCAUUGACUGUGGACUAACGGAGACCUCAGGCUACAUUAGCCCAUUGGACAACCUUACCUACGUCUCCGACAACGGGUUCAUUGACAGUGGAGUGAAUGGUCAGAUAGAUCCCACCAGAAUCGGGGGCGGCUCUUACAACGUAUUCUACACUGUGAGAUCCUUCCCAAACUAUACAAGAAACUGCUACCAGCUGCCGGCGACCGUUGGCACCAAGUAUAUCGUCCGGGCAGCCUUCUUUUACGGUAACUAUGACAGCCUCAAUGAAGUGCCGAGCUUCGACCUCUAUUUUGGUGCGGACCUUUGGGACACUGUGAACUUGACCAACGAUACCAAGUUCCUGACGGAGUUGGUCGUCCAAGCAGAGACAUGCUUCCUGUACGUGUGCCUCGUGAGAACAUGUCAUGGAACACCAUUCAUUUCUUCUUUGAAGUUCCGGCCGCUCCCGCAAGACAUGUAUGCGCCUGCCAAUAGCUCGCUUUCCCUUGCUUUGAAAACUUUCUUGCGGAUAGACGUUGGGGCCACCACAUACACUUGGUACUCGAACGACCGCUUUGAUCGCAUAUGGACGCCAGACAACGGAGCUUUUGGGACACUGUAUAGGACAAGUAAACCAGUGACGGAAUCAGGGGACCCAAUCUUUGGGUUGCCGUCGGUUGUGAUGCAGACUGCUGUCUACUCGCGGAAUGAGAUCUUGGUCAACUGGACUGGGGGACUGGACGAAGGGUUAUUUCUCGUCCUCGAGUUUGCCGACGUCGUGCCACAGGCCGGCGGCCGAUCGAGGAAGAUGAAGCUUUAG